GUUUCACCUCUAUUUGCUUAAACCUUAAAACAUUAAAUAAUUACAUCAAAUUAACCGUGGUUUACAUCAGACUGCGAGUAAUAAUGGGGAGGUGCACACAAUACAUUGCCAUGGCUACAGGAGCCAUUUGGGUAUUGCUAACCGGCGUAAACCUUGGAUGGUCAUCACCGUACCUUCCAGUGCUUCAAAGUGAUCAAUCCCCAAUUGGAAAAAUAUCCAGCAAUGAAGCAUUCUGGUGUAGUGUAAUGCCUCUUGUAGGAGCUGUACCAGGAGCUCUCCUAGCAGGUGUUUUAGUUGAUAAAGUCGGAAGACGAAACAUUUUGAUAUCAAUCACACCAAUAUGUUUUGUUUGCUUUGUUGCUAUUGCAUUCACAACAGAAUUAUGGAUUCUUGAUGUGUCAAGAUUCUUAUUGGGAUCAAUGGAGGGCGCUACCUAUACUGCAUUACCAAUGUAUUUUGGUGAAAUAGCCGAACCUAGUAUUCGAGGUGUCAUGAGUGCGUCAAUACUAGUAGGAGCUGUGUUUGGUCUUUUGGUUAUAAAUAUCCUGGCACGUUUCAUGUCAAUUUAUAUAAGUGCAUUGGUUAUAUCAGUGAUACCCCUGGUGCAUUUCUUUAUAUUCAUGUGGUUACCAAAAAGUCCUUAUUAUUUGAUAAAAAUUGGAAAUUUGGAAGCAGCUAAGAAGAAUCUGCAACGUUUAAGAAGCUCUGAUGAUGUUAAAAUUAACGAAGAGUUUAGUGAUAUUACCGCAGCUGUUAAAAGACAAGAAGCUGCUGUUUCCAAUAGUUCAUGGACAGAUCUUUUCACCCAGAAAGGAAAUCGACGUGCAAUUUUGAUAUUUCUGAUUGUUUCUGGUACUUCAAAAUAUUCCGGUGCGAAUCCUUUAAUGUUCUACACAGAGACAAUUUUCAACGAUGCUGGUGGUCUCCUAGACCCGGAAAUCUCCGCGAUUAUUUUUCAUUUCAUUGGGUUUCUAUCCGUGGCACUUGCUGCUUGUAUGCUGGACCGGUUUGGAAGGAGACCAAUGGUUAUGAUAUCAUCUAUCGGAUGUGGUUGCAGUCUGGCGUUGAUGGCGACGUAUUUAACACUUCAAUAUUUAGAGUAUGAAAUUGCUGAAGAGCUCAAGUGCAUUCCACUUGUAGCAAUGUUUUGUUACUAUGCAAUUUAUAAUUUGGGACUUUGUAUUGGACCUGUUGUAUUUCUAUCUGAAAUUUUUCCUACUUCGGUUAAAGGUUAUGCGUUGGGUAUGGCUGAUUCUACUUCGGUGAUAUUUGGAACAAUCGCUUCGAAAAUAUUUCAUGGAUUGACUGAGAAUCUUGGAAUGUAUUCAGCUUUUGGUUUUAGUGCAAUGGCAUUUUGUGGGACUUGUUUGAUUUAUGCUGUGGUACCUGAAACUAAAGGGAAGACUUUGGAUGAAAUUCAAUUAGAGUUAACUAAAAGUUCUAAAUCAGUAAAGUAAGUUUUGGUUUUGUGGAAAAUAGAAAGGAGUAUGAUGGAUUCUGGCAAUGAAAAUGUGUCUGAGAUCAUAAUUACUAUCUGGGACUAAAGAAUUCAUUCAAAGAUGGUGAUGAGAAUUGAUGAUAAGGAAUUGAUAAGGAUCUGCCAACAAAUAAACAAAGUAGGAUGUAGAAAAACGUUGUUUUUAAGUAGAUUUUUUGAUUAUCAAUAUUAAAAGUCAAAAAAUCAUAGUUUUUUAAUAAAAUGUACAAAUUUUUAUGGAAAAA